UUUUUAAGCCACCAACACGGUGCCACCUAGAACGAGGGCCUCUCUUUUGAGGGUCUUCGCUAAAUUCUGGAGCCCGCCGCUGCUUUGUCCCAACUCCACAAACAUCCCUCCUCCUCCUUUCCACCACCACUCCCCCCCCCCCGUGGGCGGUUGGUACAUCCCACUGUAACACCCGGAGCUUAAAAGGGGAGCGCGGGGCUGGAAGUCAUCGAGUUGGUAGGUUGGGCGAGGGUCUUUCUUUUUCAGCUCUUGCAAUCGAACCCAUUCCAUUCGUCCCCUAUCCUGCGCUUUGGGCUUUUGUCUGCAUUGGGUUUUCCCACCGUAUUGAUUUUAGACUGUUGUUUGCUUGCUUGUUUGCCUGCUUCCUAGCUAGCUGGGCUGGGGGAGGGGGCGUUUCGGGUCCUUUCCCCUCCCCCACACACCGGCUUCUGUCCUAUACCUCCUUGCUGGCCGCAGGCGGCUGCCGCUACUAUAGAAGACCUUCCCGGCUGGCUAGAGAGCGGAGGGACGGGAUGGAGCACACCGAGGUUCUAAAGCCGCGGACCCUGGAAGAGCUAAUCCGGAUCCUGCACGAAAUCUUCUCCGGGGACAGCAUCAACGUAGAAGAGGUGCAGUCCAUCAUGGAAGCUUAUGAGAGCAAUCCGACGGAAUGGGCAGCGUACGCGAAAUUCGACCAGUACAGGUACACUCGAAAUCUUGUGGAUCAAGGAAAUGGAAAGUUUAACCUGAUGAUUCUGUGCUGGGGCGAAGGACAUGGAAGCAGUAUCCAUGAUCAUACAGACUCCCACUGCUUUCUGAAGAUGCUGCAAGGAAACCUCAAGGAGACACUCUUUGCAUGGCCUGAUAAGAAAUCCAAUGAGAUGAUGAAGAAAUCUGAAAGAAUCUUGAGGGAAAACCAGUGUGCCUACAUCAAUGAUUCUAUUGGUCUACAUCGAGUGGAGAACAUAAGUCACACAGAACCUGCUGUUAGCCUUCAUUUGUAUAGUCCACCUUUUGACACUUGCCAUGCCUUUGACCAAAGAACAGGACAUAAGAAUAAAGUCACAAUGACAUUUUAUAGCAAAUUUGGAGCAAGGACUCCAUUUGCAACUUCAAGUUCAUUGGAGAACAACUAAAGAGAUCCAGUCACUAGAGUUUUUUCCCCAUUUUUUUUUCUUUUUUCUUUUCAAAGUAUGUGAAAAAUCUUUAAUUGUGGACAAAGACCCUCCAAUCAUUGCUAUUCUAUAGUAUUUUGAAUAAGAUGCUUAGGAAUGUGUUAGGAGAGACUACUGACUGCUGGUAGUUACCUUGAAUGGAUGCUAAUGAUGGGACUAACUGAAUGAACAAUUCCAUGAGAUACUAGAGAGGAGAAAUUCUGUUUUUAUGGUCUUUAUAUUUGAAAGACAGCAUCAGAUGCUCUCUUAGGUGUUUCUCUCUCAUCCUCCUGGUUCCCUACUAGAAAAGACAAUGAAUUCAUUUUGACAGUUUUUGUACAUCAUAAUUAGCAAUAAAAACAAGCCUAAGACUUCAUAACUCUACUUUUGUUUAUCCUGAGAAUUAAGUAUACAGAUUUUUAUCAUACUUUAUAUUCUCUAAGAUGCAUUCAAAAGAAUUGUUUUUAAAUCUAGAUUUUGUUGGGUUUCCAUCUUCACAAAUUCCUUUGCUGUGUAUAAGUCACUGUGUACAGAAUAUCUUGGGCCUCGUGAAAUGAAGGGCAAGGACAUAAUGGGAGUGAACAGCAAAAAAGAAACUACGAAUGUGUUUUAAUGUGACCAAAUGCCCAUGUAAACUCCUUUUUGUAUUGCUAUGAAAAUUGUCAGGUUAACUUGAAUAAAACUGAAUUUGAACAUA